GCGAAGCGACGCGUCAAAGAGUGCAGUGGUGCGACGCCGAUUCGUGGUGUACACACAGAGACAAGAAGCAGGUCAAAAAGUCCGCGUGUUCGCUCAAGCCAGCUGCUGACAAACGUUAACUAAGCCAUGCAGAGGCCUUUGUUGACAUCGGUGCUUCUCAUAUUUCUGGCUUCACAAAGUCGUUUUGUUGACACGGCUCCGGCAGAACUAUCCGAAGAUCUGACAAAAGAUGAAGAAACUCUAUCGCCCCUGGACGAAAAUGUAAAGGAACUUGAAAGUUUGAAGCAAUCAUUUGGUAAGCUGGGAAAGACCCUGGAUUUGAUUAAAUCCCAGUCGACGGAAUUCACGGACCUGAAUGGACAAAAACAAUCGCAUUCAGAAACGAAGGAGGAAAUUUUGCAAAAUGGUCAGACGGUAGCAAAAGUCCGCCAGAACGUCGAGACUACUUACGAAAAAGAUAAGCCGAAGACGAAAAUUAAAACAGAAUUGGAUGUUCCGUCUGAGGGAAUUCAUAAAAGUGUGUCACAGUCGCUUCCAGAUGAGGAGCAGAGGAAAAUUGAAACACGCCGUUCUAACACUAAUUUGAAUCUGUUAACCGACGAAACUUCAUGGAAUGAUAAGGGUGAGACAACCGCUGGCGUCCGAUAUUCGCCGAUGGAUGUGGCGAAAUACAUUUUUUGGACAGGGGAUGAAAAGGGAGUCACUUCAUCCAUCGAAGAAUUUUUGAGAGAAGAAAUUAUGUCUGGUGAGGAAGCUCUCGCGUUUCUACAGGAAGUAAAAUAUGAUCUGGAUAAACUAAAGAAUCACUAUAUACAGAUGGGUUUAAACUCUUUACAAAAUACAAAGAUUACGGAUGACUCACCGCUUCAAUUGGGAAUCAAUGCCAAAGUUGGAGUCUACGACAAGCCUGAAUUAAGGAGUAAUUUCAACAUCAAGCAACUUCGCAAGGAGAUGGACACUUCUCAGAGAGAGAUAAGGAGUAAUGCUGAUACCACCAGAUCAGAAAAAACAUCAGAAGAAGAUUAUGACGAACUCCUAGAACGACUAAGGGUUGCUGAUUUUCUGUACACUGAGUAUUCAUUGGAAGAAGUUAUCUACCAGCUUGCUAAAGUUAUGUUUACACAAAGCUUGACAAGAGGAAGCGCUGAAGCUCAACAAGCUCUGCAGAAAUUCACCAGUUUCCUAGAAGCAGAAGCCGAGCAGGGACACAUAUCACGAGCUUUAGAAAAGAAAGUACUUGAUGUUCUUAUAGCAUCACUAUCAGACACCCUCAAUGAGCAUCCAGAACUCCUUGCGGCGGCCCGAGAAAGCAUGAGCCCAACAGCGACAGCGAUCCAAGGACAUAACUUCAUCAGAAAAGUAUUGGAGUCAAAUCUAGACGACACCAGUCUGCGAGAUCUAUAUGAAUUCAAGGAAAAAGCCAAGAACAAAUUGAUCGAACAGAAGAAAAGCAACAAGUUGCCCAAUUACUUGCAAUUUGAUUUUUCGAAGUAUAAAAUGACAUAAAAUAAAUAUUUAUAUCAGUAAAGUAUUUGUAACAUACAUUAAUACGUAAUGAUACAUUUGUGUUACAGUAUUGUUCCUUUUUAUUAUGUUUCAGAUUGAGAAUAAUCUAGAAACUUUGAAUUAGUUAUGUUAGUUUUUCCACAGUUAAACCGUUGGUAAGUAUAUAAUGGCUCAAAAAAUUGUAUUUUCUAGAUUGUUCUUAAAUAUAUAUACUUAAGACAGAAUUAUUUAUACAUUACAUAACUCUUUAUUUUAAUGGCAAAAAUGAUGUUUGACAAGAUUUUGAGUUGAAGCAAUUAUACAUAACCAUAAAACUAAGGCACAAAAAUAUAUUGGAUAUAGUAAAAAGGGUACACUUUGUCUAUCAGCUGUUUAUUCAAUUAUUUCCCUCCUUUGAAUUUAAAUUUGAGUCUACUGAUAAAAAACAUUAAACAAGCUGAUAAAAUCUUUUUUAAAUUGAACUUGCAUUUGUUUAACAUUUCUGCCACUUCGCAAUAUUAGGCACAUAAAUUUUCGUUCAAACUAUUUAUGAUUCAGUAGAGAUAAGAAAAAUCAAUAUAUCUUCUACGUAUCAAAUCAUAAGGUAAUCACUAACUCUUUAUUCAAAAUUUUCCGUACAUAUCUAGACACAUACCUGUUUCAACUCCUUCCAGUUACCUCUGGUCUGGACCUCUAUAAUCUAGUUUACUAAAGCUCCUUUUCGGAUUUCAUCAUGCCAUCGUAUUAAAGAAGAUCCAGGUAUUUUUUGAUUUGUUAUUCUGUCUUGCACGAUUAUCCCUGGCAUUGCUCUUUUCAUUGAGAGUUGUUGAGUUUAUCAACAGUUUUCUGUGUCUGCUCUAUAUAUCACAACUGGAAGUACUCAUUAUGUAAGUACGCUGAUGUUUCAUUUUUAUUGUUUGCAAUAAGUAUGUGAAUACGUAUAUUAUUGUGUUGAUAAUUUAUUUCUUGGGUUUUCCGGAAUAUUUCGUUUUGGAAGUAUUCAUUUUAGGUCCAUCUCUUCUGAUUAUUCUCAUAGUUGUAGCAUAUCUUUCAAUUCAAACAGAUUUUUAAAGCGAAACUUGCAUGCUGGUAUUGUAUUACUUUUUCCAUAUAGUAAAAUUCUGAGACAAGUGUCACAAGAGUAUCGUCACGAAAUAGUUGGAAAAAUCCAUUUACGCGACGAGGGAGUCUGUUAUACAACAUGUAACCUUUUCAAUUUUAUUAAAAUCUACAACAAAGAAAUUAAGUAACUGCUGUUUUAUGUAGAUACUGUAGAUAAAAUUACUUUAUUCAAUUUUAAAAAUAUUAUUUAAAUAUUAAAAUUACAGAAAACAUAGCAUGAAGCUUCGCACUAGGCUAUAGUUCCGCUCACUGUACCACUUUUUAUUUUGACAGAUUUCAGAGAAGUAGUAACGAAUAAUAAUUCUGUCUUAAUGCCAUUUAGGAUUAUUUUAAACUAUAUAUGUUUAUAUUUAUUUACAUAGCUAUAAAAUUAGUUGCAUAAGAUAUCUUAAUACUUGUUUUGUAGUACCAUUUUUAUAUUCCCUCCAAAUGAAAAUAGAGGAAUAGUUACUACCUAUAUUGAGACACACUUAACACGAAACCCAAAUAUUAAUGGUUCAAUAUGAUUGUAAUAUUGGAGAAGUACCUAUUUAGAACCAAUUUCUAGUUUAUGCAUACAAAAUAAAUCUUAUUUUUACGCAAAUAGCUGAAAAAUCUUAUAUACUAAAACGCUAAGCCCUUUUCUUGUCCACCACUUGACUCAAAAACCAUAUUAGAUAAUUAAAAUAUUUUUUCGGAAUAUUAUUAGUAUUACGUAUGAGAUUGUCAAGAUAUACUUUUGGUACAAAUAUUCACUUCCGGUUUUGAGAUGACCGGAAGUUAAAAUUUACUUUAAGUUUUAGACCCCACAAUGUAUAUAUGGAUCGAAAGGUCUCGUCGAGACGAAUCUAAAUAUGUACUUCCGGUUGCGAUCCGACACCAGAAGUGAUCCGAAACGCGCAUAAAACGUCAAGAUAGAGCAAAUCUGACACCGGAUUCGCAUCGAUCAGCAUGCAAAAUUAACUGCUAAAUGAUAUCCAUGUCGACAUUUGAUGAAUUAAAAAUUGCAUUCCGGUUUUGAGGUCGACUUCCGGUUUCGUUUUUAUUAAAAAGUAAAAAAUAAAUGUUUACAUAACUCCCGGUGCCAAGCAAAAGUUUUCAGAAAAUGGAGCCAUUGUAACAAAAAAAAUUGUUUUCGACGAAAUAUUUCGUGAUAUUUAAUACACUUUUUACUUGCAUUAUUAUUGAUGAAUGUUAUGUAUAUUCUUGAUUAUAUUGUUUGUAUUGAUCUCUCAAUUUUUUUCGCAAAAUAAAAAUUUCAUUUAAAAAACUCGAUGUCGAGUUGGUCCGCUAGUAUAUUUUAACAGCUUUUAAAGUUUCAGCAUCUUUAAACUAUUGGACCAGUUGUACAAUUCCUGUCAGGAUACGACUGCUACGAGAGCCAUUCCUAAAAUAAGGUUCCCAUUAAUUUUAAAAAUAGAUAGCUUUAUUUUUAUUAUUUUUUUAGGGUUAUACGUCAUUUUAAAACUUAAAACUUAUGCUAUUAUUCAACAUAAUCCCGUUUCUAUCCAAAUAAUUUUGCAGGCGAUGGUCCUACUUUUUUAUCACCAUGUUAUGUAAU